GGUUACCAUGAUGCCAGGCUGCCUACCCUCUCUCACUCUACUGUACUUAGUGUGUGUAUUGGCAAGGGCGCUUUGUGCACUACCUGAACCUAGCAAACGUCAACACCUGCCUUCCCACACACCUGUCUUGCCACAUCUGCCAGGGGUCACACUCUCCCUCCACCAAGACUACUCUCAACACCUCCUACCUUCCUACAACCGCAGCGUGACAGAGGUGAGGUUGACCACUGAGGAAGGGCUGGUGGCCUUGUUGACCUCCGCCACCGUCGACAUCAACCUCUACCUCCUCUAUGACCACACAAACUAUGAGGUGGAUGGUUUAGUACGGAGCCACCAAGAGGUUGGUAGCGGUGAUAAAUCGGUGACGGUGGUGAAGUACUCCGAGGAUCUGUCACCUCUACAGGCGGUGCUGACGACCACAGCCACACACACUGGCACCAGACACGUGCUCGUACUCUGCUCUACAAAAAAUACUCAACGAAUCUUCCAAUAUGUACGGGAGAGACAGCUGGAGUUGCCGAGUCUCUGGUGGUUGAUGGUGGGGGAGACGGACUUGUCCCAGACCCUGCAGCCACUACUGUGGGAGGGCUCCCUGGUGACACUGGCUGUGAGGACCUCAUCCACCUCCUACAGCAUCAUGAUCUCUAGGGUAGACAGUACCGGCCUUCCCAAGUUCGUACCGGUCGGGUCCUGGAUACUGACGCCAUCAGGCCCUGUGGUACAAGUACAAGAACCUCUGGUGCCAGAUCCCUUGAAGCUGUACUCGGACAUGAGUGGACGGCAGCUGAUUGUGACAGCCAAUAACAACUGGCCAUUCUUUGGUCUGGAUAAGUUCAGGGAUGGAAAGGUGCAGAAAAAAACCGGCAUCGACAUUGAAAUUAUGAACACUCUAGGCCAGUUCCUGAACUUUACGUACCAUGUUGUGUCCCCGGCAGACGGUCAGUGGGGUGGUCCUCUCCCUGAUGGUACAGUAUCAGGGCUCAUAGGCCAGGUGGCUCGCCGGGAGGCACACGUGGCCAUCUGUGAGAUCACCGUCACAGGCAGCCGUGAGACUGUGGUGGAUUUCACGAUUCCUUACUACCUGGAGACAUUAAUACUGGUGUCCCGUGCCCCAGCUGAGAAGAAUAGGGUCUUCGCUGUCUUCUCCCCUUUCUCUGUGCAGGUGUGGCUGUGUAUUGUGGCAUCAACAGUAGCCAUCGGUCCCAUUGUGAGUUUGUUGGGACACGGGCUGGAUCUCUACGUCAGUUGGCCUCCCCGCCGCAAGUUGCGCGACUACUCCUUCAACAUGUACCGUAACAUGGUGACACAGGGUAACCUCCUCACCACCCCUCAUUGGCCACAUAGACUUGUGUUUUUCUUCUGGUACCUCUUCUGCUUCUACAUCUAUGCUCUGUACUCUGGGACAUUGACGGCGGUAUUGGCGCUGCCUGCCUAUGAGGAACCCAUCGACAGCCUAACUGACUUGCCUGACGCUGUGGCUGACGGUUUUACUGUUGGUACCCUCGGUGACUCCAACAUUGAAUACAUGUUCAAGGAGGCAAAGGAAGGCAUCUACAAGGAGGUUUGGGGGCUGUUCAACCACAAGGAUCGAUCAAAAAGUUUCUUUAAGACAGUUGACCCGGGCUUUGACCAGAUCACGAGAAGGAAGUUUGUGUUGAUGAAUCCUCAGCUGAACUCUGAGGUGCGCGCUGCCCAGCGGGGUAAAGAUAAGUACCACUUGGGGCGCCAGCCCUUCUAUCCACAAGGCUAUGGGAUAGCUUGUAACAAGGGCGCACCCUUCAUACCCAAGUUCAACCAGAUGCUGACACGUAUAUCACAAGCUGGACUGAUCGCAUACUGGAAGGAGAAGGAGAUACAGAUGAUCUCAGGGGGACCUCCUGCCCAGGACUCCACUACUGAGAGAGGCCCUUCAGCCAUCACCCUCAAGCAUCUUCAGGCAGCAUUCUUUGUCCUCAUGAUGGGGUUCAUAGUGGCUGUACUUGCUCUGGGGUUGGAGUUUGUGGUCAGUAAGUUCUUGACAUCCCAGAUGGGUGAAUGGACCGGUACUGACCACCAAUGGGGCUCACAGUAAGGACAACAAGGAAAUGUGUGAGAGUAUCUGACUGAACAUUGGUAUCUGCCACACUCCUCACCCACUGACCAGCUGACUCACACCUCUGAUGCAUCCUUACAGGUUUCAUUAUUUGUUCAUUUUCAGCAGUUAGUGUAAUAUUGUCUUAACCAUUCAGCAGUUUGAGUCUGAUAUAAUAUUUACAGUUAAGGCUAAAGUCUAAAUUGAGUUACAUUUGCUGAAACUAAAAUAAUUACAGUGUAACACUGUGGAAUGAUUAAGUUGUGUCUCUCCUCUUGUUUAAUAACACAUAGGUAUGGUUCAUUCAGUAGGAAUAUUUUAUAUCUGGUAGAGGCUGUUACUGUAGCUCCCAGUAGUUAUAAGCAGCUUUCACUUUGAUCAGCUGAACAGUAUCAUUGAAUACUUGGUACAGCAUUUCUGUGCAUUCAGUUAAAUAAGAAAGAACAAAUAAUGACACAUUUCAGUAAACAUAUUAAUUCUGAAUUAUAUCAGUUUCAUCGUCCAUAUUUUAUACAGGUUUAAAAUAAAAUUUCAAUUCUAUCAGUUAAUUUACAGGAUGCAGAAAAAUAAUUGUUACCAGUUAUAUGCAUUUUUAACUUGCUAUAUUUAGACGUUGACAAAAUCUUGAUAUCUUUAUACAGUACCAGUUUGAGUACAGGUACUUGGAAACUCCAUGAAGGUACAUACAGUACAGCAUAUUUGAGACUGGCAGAUUGAGUUUCAUCGGUGAAAAUCAGAAAGUAAAUUCAAGAUGAAUUCAUCUCUUCAAUGUAAGGCAAGUGUGAGCCAUAAAUUAUCUAUUAAUAUGAACUCCCAGUUAUGUAGUAACCAAAGUAAUAGUUCUGUUCUUGCUGUAAUCAUGUACAGUGAACAAAAAAGUAUCUAAAUAUCAUACAUAAAGAUUUUAAAUCUGAAACAUCAAUGUGGCGGUCAACAUUUUUUUAUAAAAAAAUUAAAAUGCAUUUUUUUUUAGUAUCUAGUUGAAUAGUAUUCUGAAACUUGUUUAUACUGUACAGUAUAUUAAUGUACCGUACUUUACACAGUCCAGAUUUUAGUACAGCACAAUAAUACUUCGGUAUCACAAGGGAUGAGUUCCUAAGUCAUUGCUAUUAAUGAAACUGCGAAUAUCAGAGCAAUUUUCCCCAUAAGAAUUAAUGUAAAUGGGAGGGUGGGGGGAAUGCAUUCCCCGCCGACAUCAUUCACCACAUAGUAUUUUUUUUAUAUAUAGUACUGUGCAGUACACACAUUGAGUUUCCACAUCAUUAGGAUUUAUAAGACAACGCUCAGCUUUUCUCUUUCAAUUUUAUUGUGAUAUGAAGACUCAACCAGACGUUGCUGAAAAGUGCGCAAUGAUUACAUGUAUAUUAUUUCAUCUCCUUUAAUAUUAACAUUCUAAAGAUUGUUGUUAUUCAUAAUCAUAAAAAUUGAAGAAUGGUACAGUACUUGGUUUUGGGUUUAGUUAUACACUGUAUAUAUAUGGGAAGUGUUAAAUAAUAAUGUACAAAUAACUAUCUUUGGUAUGUACUGUAAUGUUGUAGAUGUGUACAAUAUAUAUCACACACGCACUAUCUUGUUUAAUACUGUACUUAGAAAACACAUUGUUAACUAAUUUUUAUUCAAACUUCCUCUACUACUGACCACAAGUCUGGGUAACUUGUUCUUUCCUGGCUGCCUUUAUUAAUGCAUCAAUCAUAUUGUGUGACUACCAUGUGUUAAUGUCAUGCUUUUUUCUAAUGCCUGUAUAAAUUAAUACACCACUUUUAUUGUAGUUAAAUUAAUUAAUAUAACCAAGAUCUUUUAUGGCAUGUUGUUGAUCAAGACCUUCUGCUAAAGAGAUGUUAUGGCAUCUUUUUGCUUACUUUACAUGAUACUGUACCAGGAAUAAGCUAAAUGUGAUUAAGUAUAUAAUGUUUAUUUAUUGAUUGACAAGCCUUUGAAUGUUACCAUAUUUGACCUUAUGUUAUAUCACAGAAAAAUCUUAAUAAAAGACAAAUGAAAAUCUUAGUUUAUUUUUGGAAUAAGGAUAAAAAUUUCUUGUCACUCAAACACGGAGGAUCCUCACCACACUUUAUCUAGGGAAACUUUUCAUUUACAUCUCUUAAAGUGCUAGUAACAGCCUAAGACAUCUUACCAGAUAUAUAUUUUAAUUUGUGAUCGAGACUGAGGAAUAUACUAAUUGUAAUGGAUUUUGUACAUAUAGUUGUAUUUGUCAUGUACAGAACUUUAAUAUUAAAAUUAUAGUUUUAUUAUUUUUAUGCAACUUGAUGAGCCCUUUAGUAUAAUAAAGUAAACAAGUUGAUAAUCUA